UGCCAUGUCGCUGCUGUUCGCCCCCCUCUAACUUGCUAGCUAUCGGGUUCUGAGAAUAUAAACAUUAGCACACCUUCAGUAUAACGCUUGAUACCAUUCAGGAACAGGCGAACCUGAGCCGAAGGGUUUCAUUCGAGCGAACUUUUUAACUUUCCUUUGAUGUGACGUACAGCAAUAAAAUGUUCAGGAACAAUUACCAGGGCGGAGCUGUAUUUGAUCUCUUCAGUGGACAAGGAAAGGACCCUGUAGCCAAAUGGAAGCUUUGUGGGGGACCUUCGGCUAUACAUAAAGAGUAUAAUAAAGAAGUUAAAGGAUUUGUUUACUGUCUGGAGGGAAGCAGCCACACUGUCAAAAUGCAAAUGCCGGAGAAUGCUAAAAUGUCUCUUGGGCUUAUUCAGCGAUUUCUGGUGCUUCAAGUAAAUGUUCCAGAGCGACAUGAUUUUUCUACUGAGCUUGUGAUAACUGAUUUAGAGCAUCUUAAAAGAAGACUUUACUUUUCUACAGUGCAUAAAGAGAUGUCUGCCACACUUUUGCACACAAAGAUACCUUUCACAGAGCUGAAGCGCAAUAUUUGGUCUACUUUAUGCAUCGACCUGGCAUCAAUCGCCAGUGAACUUUUUAAGGGAUUUCUGACUCUGGAUGGCAUCACUUUGUUUGCCACCUGUAAAAUUCGGAGGAUCUUCACCAUGAAAACAGACCCUAAGGUCACGCCAGACAUAUUUCUUACUGGGGCCUGUCUCAGGGAGAUGAUCCCUCGCAGUUUCUGGUACCCUUCAGAUGUGAACCAAAUUACUCAAAUGCUGAACUACGGCAACUUGCAGAAGGCCGAAGUGAAGUCUGAUCCUCUUAGCUCUGCCUCUGUGCCUGAUCAGUCUCCAACUGCCACAUCAACCAGUUAUCGGAGAACCAAGCCCCAGGGUGUUUUACAGACAGCCUCGGGCUCCAGAGCAUCCUCAGCAUCUCCCAAUACUGGAAGAACAAGCAGGCCAAACUUGGACAGAAUGGGGUGUUCAUCAUACCAACUGAAUCAAAAGAAAACCACAGAGAGUCAGAACAUUAACAUACGAGGUGAAAAUCUCUCCAAAGGUCAACAGUCCCAUACUAUUUGUGAAGGAGCAUCUUGCAAAUUACAACCCCACCCACCCAAACAAAGGGUGUUUGGUAAGCAGGGAUCUAAGAAGCUACGGAUCCUGGCUCCCGGAAAAGAGAGGGUAUCGUCAUCAGACGCUGAAUUUGGUGGUAAAACCAGUGGAAGUAGGGAUAAUAGCCCCUUUCCAUCCAGGCUGCAAGAGCGCAGCCAGCCGCUUCCAACCCAAGCACUAAUGUCAAGUAGUUACCUAGUACUAGAUGAGCAGAGCUGCAGCCCUGCCAAGGAGAGUAUGGAAGCCGCCCCCACACCAGUAGAGUCUCAACUUCGAUCGGGCUUGUCUUCUGACCUGCAGGUCUGGAACAGCUGGGAAAGUAAUGAGGGGUCUGAGCCCCAGCUCACUUUGCAGGAGGAGGUGUUCACUUUCUCAUCCCAGCCGCACUCACCCAAACGAGGGCAAAGCCAGGGUGACCAGGAGAAGAUGGAGCUGGGAGACGGUCAGGUCCAAAGCGCUGCUGGAGGGCGGCGGGAUGCGCAGCCCGAAGAUGACUUUAUCGGCAGUGAAAGCGAUGAGGAUAUGAGCCACGUCAUCUUCCACCAUCAAAAAACUAGCAUGGUCUAUCCUGCCACUCGCAGAUCCGAUGAUACAGAUCACCUCCAGAAUCCCCCUGAAUCUCCAAAUACAAUCAGAGCAUCACCAACGCUGGAUUCAACUAACACCUUUGUGCAGUCUCCAAGCAGCGGGAGAGCCGAACCAACAAGGAUGGUCCCCGCACGUUGUCUCUCGCCAAGCAGACGCAGCCGCGGGUCCAAAGAAGUAGAUCAGGUUUCGGGUGCAAACCUCAGCGUUUCUCUUUGCAGGAGGCUUCUGCAAGAAGUUCACUUCAGUGACUCCAAACAGCAUAAGGAAGAAGAUGAGAUCCUGCGGACUGUUGAGUCGAGUAAUUAUGUCUCACAACUGCACGGCAACACAAGGAUGUGUGAAGAUGAUGAGGAGCUCCGAAUGCUGGCAAGCCUGAAAAGACAGCAGGACGAAGAUGAAUGUGGGGCUCCCGCCCUCAGCGCGUCUCACAUCCACCAGUGUGAUGUCAGCACCAGCCUGAGCAGCGACGACGCCUCAACCUGGACCCACGUCCCACACGCAGUGAAUCAAGGACAUCAUUAUCAGAAGGAAAUGAAUCCUUUGCUUCAAUCAAACCCAAGAGAGUGGAUGGACGUGCUCAGCCCUCCUAUUAUGCCUCCCAGCCAGCAGAGAAGGUCAGGCAAAACAGAGAACAAUUUGGAAAGUCUACUCAGAGGAGGGGAUGGCUUGGUGAAAGAAGAGGAGAAUGAAGAUGAAUAUUUGAAACUGCUCUAUGAUACUUGCCUCAACUGCUAUUUUGAUCCUGAGUCAGGAAAGUACUAUGAACUAGCUUAACUCAAAGCCCAUUACCAUCAGAAUGAAUAAAGCAGAUUUACAGCAGAUGAAUUGCUUCGAGAUUUUAUUUUACUUUUCUUUGAGGCCGAGCUUUAUCGAUCGGAAGUGAAUUCCCCUUUCACCAAAACCCCUUCCUGCGUUAGCACCUUUGUUCCCGGGAACCAACGGCAGCUUUGUUUUGCCAUGUGUGGUUAGUCAUGCUAGAUUGUGAGGUAUUGGGAAACUCACUAAAUCAAACACAUGCCCUUUUGCGAGUAUGGGCUCAUUCAGCCAGAUUUCUGAUGACAAAGAGAGGCUUUUCAUAAGUCUUGGCUUGGGAAUGAAUAUGGAAACCUUCUAAAAGAACUUGCCGGAGCUUCUUUUUUUAAUAUUACAAUGUCUAACAUUUAAA